UGUUGUGCUAAGUAGACACGCGCAAACUUGAGUCUUAAGCAAGCAUUUGGAUUACAAGCGCGUAGCAAACUGAAGAGGAAUAGUAAAUAUUGGACUACACUGAGCUUGAAAAAAAACGAAUUUUCGGAGCAGUAAAAUAGUUUUUCAAUUAUUUUUACAUCCACUGAUCUCAAAGUGAUGGUACUUGAGAUGGAGAUGUCCAAGACAUAUCAAUACCGUAAAGUGAUGAAGCCGAUGUUGGAGCGCAAACGGCGCGCACGCAUCAACAAGUGUUUGGAUGAGCUAAAGGAUAUUAUGGUCGAGUGCCUGACACAGGAAGGUGAACAUAUUACGCGCCUCGAAAAAGCAGACAUUCUCGAACUCACUGUGGAGCAUAUGAAGAAGUUGCGCGCCCAGAAGCAGCUGCGAUUGGGCAAUGUUGGUGUCGGUGUCGGUGUUGGUGCUGGCACAGUUCAAGAUCCCAAAGUGACCAUUGCCGAAAGCUUUCGCGCUGGCUAUGUUCAUGCAGCAAAUGAGGUGUCGAAAACAUUGGCCGCCUUGCCCGGAGUGAAUGUUGAUUUGGGAACACAACUGAUGAGCCAAUUGGGGCAUCGAUUGAAUUAUUUGCAAGUGGUGGUGCCAAGUAUGCCAUUAACAGGUAUGCCACAAGCGCCACAUUUUGUGCCCACCACAACAGCUACGCAAGCGGCAGCAGCGCAGUUUUACGGUCUAAGCGACAGUGAACGUAGUGCCACAUCCAGUCCAGCUGUGAUCACUCCACCACCCUCGGAAUGCGGCAGCAGUGAAAGUGGCAGCUGUAGUCCGGCGCCCAGUGAGUCAUACGGAGCAGUGUGGCGUCCUUGGUGAACAAAAGUCAGCAAACAAACAGGAAAAGUGAUCUUCUUGCAAGAGGAUCCCUAAUGGGAAUUGAUAAAUGAAAGCGCACAAGGCUCUCGAGCAGCACCACAAGCCUGCGAGCAGGUGAAUGCACGGCGGUAGCCCGAUCUGAACGCUAGAUGGUAUCUGAGUAGCCUAUGAAUUCAGUGCUGACUCUCGUGAUGCAGCAAGCCAGGGGGAGCGUUUCAAGGGGCCAUCAAAGCCUUUUAAGUUGAUGAGGUUGGUGCUAUGCACACUUUUGCGAUCAACGAUUUUUGGUUCAGCAAAUGUGAUUGCUAAGCGAGCGCGCGGGAAGAGCUUAUUGGGGGAAAUCCUAAAGCCUAUAUUUUAAGAGCAAAAAAUUAUAAAUUUUAUGCCUCGCAUUUUAAUGUUAAGAAAAUUUUUGUAAAAGCAGGGAAAUAAAAUGAAUUUACUUACAGAUAAGAAAAUAAUUGAAAAAAUGCAAAAAAAAAAAAAAAAUA